UCUCAACUUGUCCUACAGACUGAUCGCGCUCCCCGACCACAUCCUAAUGCAAUAUCGUUGGCAACUGUCGCACAAGGGAACGACGUCAGAGAUCUAUUCACUAUGACUGCACCAUGGGUUUUGCAAAUGUUGAUCGUGGCUCUCGUGGGCAGUGUCGUACUCUCUCGACUCUUUAGAGGCUUCCGUCUGCAAUGUGUCUCUCAAAAUUGGGAAAGAUGGCUCUACUUCAAACGCCUCUACGUUUUAAAACCUUACAUGUGGCCCUCGAAAGACCGGAAAACCCAGCUGUGGAUUGUUGUUUUGGCGCUCCAUUUCUUCAAAGACCGCACAUUACAAGUCUUGAUACCUCGUCAACUGGGUAUUAUCUUGAAUGGCUUUUCGUUGGGGUUAAACUACGGCGCUAUAAUGAAGCAAGUUUCCAUCUGGAUUGUUCUCCAGCUAGCUCGAGACUUCACCUUCUUCAAGGCCACAGCUGCGACUCAUGUAUCCCAAUUCGCCCAUAGGAACAUCGUGGAGGCCUUCCACGCUCAUAUCUUAAAUCUCUCAAUGGAUUUCCACCGUACUGAACCGUCUAGCGAGCUUUUAGCAGCCCUCAAACCCAGUGGCGCUUUCAGCAAUAUUAUCCAGGAGCUGGUCUCCAAUCUCAUUUCUCCGGUGGUCGACCUUUUCGUCGCCAUGGUAUACCUCUAUCGGACUAACGGCGGUCAUUCCGCGCUCGUGAAGCUAUUUCUCACCAUUUCCUAUCUAUCAGCGGCUCACCAAGGUUCUUCCUGGAGCUCUAAGCUAUUUCAACAUCAUGUUACAACGGACCGGAGAAUGACACAUUUUCUACAGGAAUCAAUCCAGCACUACCGGGUUAUUUCAUUAUUUAAUCGACAAGAGUUCCAGGUCGAUGCAUUCUCGGGUGUGUUGCAGGAGUUUCUUAGUGCACAAUUCCAGCACCACAAAGGUUACUAUUUAAUUGCCAACAUCCGGAGACUGUUGUUACGGCUCGGACUGCUAGUAGCAGUUUCUGUGUUUACAGCGGACGCCGUUAAAGGCGCAUUAUUACCGGGCCACUUCAUUGGCCUCGUUAGCUAUUGGUCUUCGACAUCAGAUACUCUUACCGAACUGACAACGGCCUACAAGGAUAUCAGGGAAAGACUAGUCUCGAUCGAGAAACUCGUCCAUAUUUUCCACAAACGGCCGACUAUCGUGAACGGAAGCAAGCAGCUACAGAUACGUGCUGGAGACAUUUCAUUUGACCGAGUCUCAUUCUCAUACACCAGUGAGCAUGUCGCAAUCCGCAAUGUGACCUUUACAGUCUCAGGUGGAUCGACCGUUGCCAUAGUUGGGGAAAGUGGCAGCGGUAAAUCCAGUCUCGUCAAUCUCUUACUUCGCACCGACGAUGUCAAAGAAGGUGUCAUUAAGAUCGAUGACCAGGAUAUUCGAGAUGUCACCCUCACCAGCUUAAGGGGGCAGAUCGGCAUCUGUCCUCAAAACAUCGAGGUGUUCGACCGGUCGGUUAUGGAAAACGUCCGAUUUGGGAGACUCGACGCAUUAGAUGAAGAGGUCAUCGAAGUAUGCAAAGUAGUGGGACUACACGAUGCUAUUAUGAAAUUUCCAGAGAAAUACGCGGCAAGGGUCGGUGAAGGGGGCACCAUACUCAGCGGCGGGCAGCGUCAACGGAUAGGCAUCGCUCGAAUCAUGCUGAAAAAGCCAAAGCUUGUCGUCCUUGACGAACCCACAUCAGCUAUCGACUCUCGCACGGAGACACGCAUCCUAAAGGCCCUCCGCAAUUUAUGUCGCGGCCACACUACGCUCAUCAUUACCCACCGGCUCUCAAUCAUCAAGGACGCUGACCUCAUCCUUGUUCUACACGAUGGCUCUAUCAUUGAGAGAGGUAGCCACGCGGAGCUAUUAGAACAACGAGGGAAAUAUUCUGAAUUCUGGUUCUUACAAACGUCUCCAGAAGCUAACCGAAGUUCCCACGUCACAGAAGGUAUUCUCUAGCGACCAUUGAUGCUAUUAUAACGACGAAUUCAAUUCCUCUCAGCUAGCCUAGAAUUUGAGAUUUUGGAACUAGCAUUUCCGGUUUUCACCAUCACGAGGUAUACCACCAAACACCCCUCCCAUUCCCAGGAUUCUCCUAGGUCGUUGUACAUUUGAGAGGCCAGUAUGUGAUAAUGCUAACAGUAGAUAGGGAGUUCGGCGUUCAUUUCGUUCUAGUGGAACGUAUUUUUGGUCUUUAUCUGCGCCGCUCGGGACUUGGAACACCUUGAUGACACAUCAAAAGGCCGCCUGGAGGACUAGAACUGCCCUCCUAGGAUGGCUACACAGUGUUCUAAAAGAAACAUGAUGAACGCAUAGAGU